AAUUCAGGAACCCACACUCGCUCCUUCCUCACCAGACCAACCACACCACCACUACAAGCUCCCCCUUCCACAACCACAUCCUCUACCAUGAUAUUCAGGCUUCUGGUGGUGACGGUGGUGGUGUUGGCGGUGGUGGAAGGUCGCUACGCCCCCACCAGAGACCACAAUACCGACUGGAAGUCUCUUAUAUCAGGGAAGCAGCAGUUCAAGGACGCUAGGAUUCUGUACUCCCUGUUAAACAAUGACCCUGAAUUGACGUCGCUGGAGAAGAGAGAGAUGGUUGGGUUCGACAGCAGCGAGAGGGUGUUUGAGGGAUUCCAACACCCUUUCUACUACCACCAGCGUCAGCAACAGGCUCCGGCAAGGGAUCCAGUACUCUUUAGCCGUCUCAGCGCCCUUACCGGUGAUGUUCCUCUGUCUCGAAGCGCCCUCACUGAUUUCUCACUCAACUCCUACCACCAGCAAGCCCCCCAAGCCCCUCAAGCCCCGUCACACCCAAUGAAGAAUGUUGUUUAAGGGAUAGGGUCUGAAAUAUCUCCUCCUCCUCCUCCUCCUUCUCCUCCUCCUCCUCCUUCUCCUUCCUUCUUCUUCUGUGUGUUUCUGUGGUUGAUAUUUUUUCAUCUCUCUCUUCUCUUUCUUCUUCCUUCUUCUUCCUCUUCUUUCUUCUCCUCCUCCUUCUUCUUCUCCAAGUUCGCUGCUCGCCCGACUUAAAACACAUUUAUUUUUCUCUUUUGUCAUGUUCCUAUUUAUCCAGUCCCUUUAUUUCUCUUUUCAUUCCUCAUUUCCCUCUUCCAAUCCUUCUUAUUCCCCUUUUGUCUCUCCUUUGAUUCCUUUUUCCUUCUCCAAUCCUCCUCAUCUCCUUUUUUUGACUCCGAUCCCAUCCCAAAUCCUCUUUAUCAACAGUCAAUCCUCUUCUAAUCCUCUCUUCCCCUCCUAACCCCUUUUUUCUUCUUUGAUCUUCGUGUGCUUCCUCCCUGAUCCCUCUUAUCAACAACCAAUCCCCCUUUUUCGUUUCAAAUCCCUUUCCCGUAUCUAAGCUUCUCAUAGUUCUUUUCCAAUCCCUUUUUUCUCCAGUAAUCGUCCUCUGUUUCCAACCUAAUCCUCUAUGUCAUAUCGCUUAAUCCUCCUUUUAUCCCUCCAAUCCUUGUAUCUAUCAACCAAUCUUCUUGUCUUUAAUUUUUCCCCUUUUGAUAUCUUUUUCCCUUCUCCAAUCCCCCUCUCUCUCUCUCUUAAUAAUCCUUUGUCAUUUUCCAGUUCCCCUCAAUCCUUUUUUCCCUUCUCCAAUCCUCUUUUUCCAUUAUUCAGUCCUUCUAAUCUCCUCUAUUUCCUAUCCAAUCCCCUUUAUCAACAAGCAAUUCCAUUUUUUCCUCCUCCAAUCCCUUAUCGAGUCCUCCUAAUCCGCCUUUUCGUCUGUUCGUAUCCCAUUUCUCCUUAAACUCCUUUCCCAAUCCUCUUUAGCGUCAUCCAAUCCUCCGUUUCCUCCUCCAAUCCUCCUUGCCAUCGUCUUGUCGUCGUCGUCGUCCGUUCCUCGUCGUCACCACCUCGCGGCCUGACCAGAACCAUGUGUAGCGCCUCCCCUGUAUACCAGCUUAUAAAUAUACGAAACUGUGGUACA